AUGCGUGCGUCUGUGCUGGCUAGCCUGGCGCUCUACGCCGGCCUAUCGCUGGCUUGCGGCGGUCACGACGACGACAGGCAAUGGACCAAGGAGGAGCUUCAGGAACUCGAAGACAAAUGGGGAUACGAUUGGUCGUUCUCCGGCAUUGGCACCUUUGCCCAUCUCGACUACGUCAAGUGCCUGACAAACCCAGCCGAGCGCUACGACAUUGCCAUUGUCGGCGUUCCCUUUGACACGGCCGUUUCCUACCGACCAGGCGCCCGAUUCGGCCCUCGCUUCAUCCGCGCCGCCUCGGCUCGCCAGAUUGCAUACCGCAGCUACAACCCGCGCGCCAACGUCAACCCCUACCAGAACUGGGCCAAGAUUGUCGACUGCGGCGACAUCCCCGUCACGCCCUACGACAAUGCCAUUGCCCGCGAGCAGAUGACCCAGGGGCUCAAGGCGCUCGGCCAGCACCGCACCGUGUCGUCGGUCAGUAGCCGGCCCAAGCUCAUGACGCUCGGCGGCGACCACAGCCUGACGCUGCCGGCCCUGCGCGCUCUGAAUGAGAUUUACGGCCGACCCGUGCGGGUUCUUCACUUUGACGCUCACCUUGACACCUGGGAUCCCUCCAAGUACCCGGCGCACUGGGGCUCGACGCACUUCACCCACGGCUCCAUGUUCUGGAUGGCCAACCAGGAGGGGCUGCUGUCCAACGCGUCAUCGGAGCCGUCGGUGCACGCGGGUCUGCGCACGCGCCUCAGCGGCACCGACCUGGGCGACCACGACGACGACACGGGCCAGAACUGGGUGCGGUACUCGGCCGACGAGAUUGACGAGAUCGGCACGGGCGGCAUCGUCGACGGCAUCAUGAAGACACUCGGCACCGAGGAUCCCGUGUACCUCUCCAUCGACAUUGACGUGCUCGACCCGGCGUUUGCGCCCGGCACCGGCACCCCCGAGCCCGGCGGCUGGACCACGCGCGAGCUGAUCCGCAUCCUGCGCGGCAUCGAGGACCUCAACGUCGUGGGCGCCGACGUGGUCGAGGUGUCGCCCGCGUACCAGGGCAACGGCGAGGAGACGUCGCUGGCGGCGGCCCAGGUCGCGUACGAGAUUCUGAGCUCCAUGGUGAAGAAGGGCAUGCAGAGCAUGGCCAAGGAGGGCGAGGCGGCGGCGGCGGCCAAGGAUGUCAAGGACGAGCUGUGA